UUUAUAUUUCUUCAAUACAAAUGAAAUAUUUAAAAAAGUUGCGGGAAAGAUUUUGUUUACAGGGUUGCCCCUAGCAACGUUCAAGCGAGUCGCUUGGGUUCAAGAUCCGGAUGCAUUCUGGGAUAUUCAGGAAGUGAUUUUCAAAAUGGCGGCUAAAGACCAAGAGGGAGAAAAUCUAGACGAAGAAACGUCAAGUAAAAAGGACAAAGACCGCCCUGUUAAGAUUAUCUGCUUGGGAGACAGUGCUGUAGGGAAGUCUAAGCUGGUUGAACGAUUUCUUAUGGACGGAUAUAAACCCCAACAGUUAUCAACAUACGCAUUAACACUGUUCCAGUAUAAGACAAAAGUAAAUGAUAAGGAUGUCAAUGUUGAUUUCUGGGAUACUGCAGGACAGGAAAGAUUUAGUAGUAUGCAUCCCUCCUACUAUCAUCAAGCUCAUGCUUGCAUACUGGUAUUCGAUAUAACAAGGAAAAUAACUUACAAGAAUUUAGCCAACUGGUACAAGGAACUGCGGCAAUAUAGAGAUUCCAUACCCUGCAUCGUAGUAGCUAAUAAGAUAGAUGUUGAUUACAAAGUAACUCAGAAAGCUUUCAAUUUCCCUAAAAAAUAUGGCUUACCAUUCUACUUUGUUUCUGCAUCCGAUGGAACGAAUGUUGUCAAAGUAUUCAGAGAAGCAAUUAAAUUAGGAGUACAGUACAAAGAAAAUUCUACAGAUUUUAUGGAUAUGGUUAUGCAAGAAUUAGAGAAUUUUGAUGACCUUAGCUUAGCUACACAAUCUGACUUUGACAAGAAAAGUGAUGAUGAAAAUACAUAGAAUUCCUCCAAUCAAACCUUUGUUUGAAUGAUCUUAAAUAGGACAAGAUAUAAAAUACAAUCAGUGUACUGACAGUCUGCCACUAUUUCUGUAUGGCAUGACGUGAACCAAAGGAAGCCAGGCUGUCAUUGUGUAUUAGUAAUGGGAUUAUAAAAACAACGUAUAUAAGAUAAACAGCUGUGGUCCAGAAAAUAGCAAACUUUUAGUACUUUCUUUGACACAACUGCAGAGAAAUAGAUUCUUAUUAAACACAACACCUACUGAUUUUUGAUAUCCGCAGUGCAUAAUUGCUGCUGAACCAAUCAGAAUUCAUGAAAACAUUGCCAUGGUUACACCACAGCAAGUUCAUCCAUAACUUUGUCACAGUCAUGUUCCAUUUGCCCUACCAAUUCUAUACAGAUAUUAAAUGUGAUUUUUAGCUAUUAA